UAUAAAUUAUAUGUACAUUAUAUAUAUUGUUAUUUAUUAAUUAUAAAGUAAUAUAUAUAUAUAUAUAUACCAUAAAUUCUCUUAUAUCCAUGUUAUAUGUUCAAAAGUACUCGUCAGUACUACUUGGUAUUGUACUUGAUCCCAUAUGGUCGUAUGGUAACUUCUUUACAAGUACGUAAAGUGAAUACACGAUUUUUGUAAGCACGUUAAUUCAUUCGCAAUGGAGCCACACGCGCGCGCACACACAUGCACACACACACAUGCACACACCCAAGUAUUGAAUUGACUGAUGAAUUUAUAAGAAGUACAUAUUAAAUUCGUUCUUUUUUUAUUGUUUAUUGAUCGACUAAGAAAAAAAUGAAGUACGACUAUACUUUAAAAAUCACGUACGUUGUUACUGGAAGCUUUUUACCCACGACUCCCGUAAAGAACUCUAUGAAAGAUAUUAAAUAUUAAUUAUUAUGAUUGCUUAUAAUCUCGUUUAGUUAAGUGAUAAUGACUUUCCCUACUUGGUUAAAUGAUAAGCAAUAUAUACUAUUUUGUACGUCAUAUGUAUAAUCAGUAGGUGAUACCUUUCCACUCAGAAGAUAUAUAUAUCUUCCGAAGAAAAAUUAUCUUCGACAGAGAUGUUCAUACAUUAUUAUUAUCGCGCGUCCUGUAUAAGUCAGGUACAUACACGUAGGAUUAUUAAUUUCUACAACAAACACUUGUUUAACGAUUCCACCGUUGUCUCAAUAAAGGCACGAUAUUUUUGGGACCUCGAUUCACUUUAUUUUACUUGAACUUAACUAAUAUUGGAGUGACACUCAGGUGUAAUUCUAGCUUAUAUCUUACAGACUUUGUGAUCUAAUUGUUAUUCUCUUAUAUAUCAUACGAUCGAAUAUUCUGUGGAUAUCUGUUAUGGUUUUAUGAUUAUUAAUAAUCUGCAAUAUUGGAGAUCACUUUGGGUACUAUCGGCGUUAUCCUACUUUACCGUCAAUUUGUCAAUUUGCUUGUUAUUAUUUCUGAUACGAAUUUUCUUCUUCAUGCUGCUAUUAAAGUGCGAUAUGGGACCGACAUAGCGAAAUAUGAUUACGUGCAGAAAGAAACGCACAGCGUAUUUCAGCCGAGGAAAUAUACCUUCGCGCUCUUCCACGCCGUCCAGAGAGGAAGAUCACGGAAAAUGACGAUUUGCCGCAGCAAGUAUGCGCAAGGUGCUGCGCAAAGCUCGAUUUCGCGUGUGAAUUCUUUGAGGAUUGCUACAACGUUCAGCAGACGUUCUCAACAUUGACUAAUCAAAAUAUGGAAGCAGUUACGAACCAAAGGAAUGACGCCAGGAUCGAGGAGGAGGAGAAGAAUGAAGAUAAAAAUGAAGCCGAGAUGGAAGCUAAUAAAGAAAAUACCGUGCCAAUUGUAAAAAACUCCAAGAAUUCGAAAAGAAUCGGGAAAAAUCGCUCCAGACAACGAAGGGUUAAGAAACGUGAAAAGGAUACGCCACUCAAAGAACAAGUUGAAAAUAUCGUCACCACUGACGCACUCGAUCAGAAAGAACAGUCGAGUGAUGCAUCGAACAUAGCAGCUGUGUCGCCGAUUUGCAAGUCACAAGUAAUAUCUGUGAAGCAGGAGAACAUCCACAGCGAGGAGACGUCUUCGCAAAGUCGCAAGUCGGUGGGAACUGCGAGCAAGAGCGAUGAAUCCCUGGUGCGGAUCCCAAUUGAGAAUUCCCAAUCAAGUGAUUCCAGCGCGUAUCAAGAAACGGAAGUGGAAGCGCUCUGUGUCGUUAUAACAGGUGAUGAGGUGGAAUCGAAAGUGAACGGCAAGUCCGAUUCGAUCUUGACACAAACGACCGAUAUCAACUCCAAUGGUGUUUCUUUCAUGAAAACCGACGGUGAAGCGGAGACUGCUGUCACAUUGCCAAGUCAGGAAGAUCCUCUCGUUUCGAAGAAAUCGGAUGAAGAAGCGCGGACGAGCGUGCAGAAUAAAGCGUCUUGUGUAUCAAAAAAAAACAGAAGCGAGAGGAGGAGCAGUAAUAAAAUCUCGGAGUUGAUGACUGAAGAACAAAAAAGACUGAUUGAAUCGAGCUAUCGGAUAAAUUCAAGUCUCAUGAAAUGUGACCUGAAGAACAAAAUGACUGUACUGGGCAAGGAGAAGAUUAAGUGCAAUAUCUGCGAGAUGAAUUAUUCCAGGCCAGACAAAUGUAAAGUCCAUAUAAUGGCCCAUUUGGAGAUUAAGCCCUACGAAUGCGUAAAGUGUAAUUACACAACGGUAACGGUAAGCAAUAUCCGCGCUCACAUCCGGAAAAGUCACCUAAAACUCAAGCCGUACGUUUGCGAUCAGUGCGACAAACGUUUUGGAAGCAUGGUGCUCUUACAGGAACAUGUUUAUUCUCACACAGGUGAACGGCCGUUCAAAUGCGAAAUUUGUGGCCUCUCCUACACAAGUCGGCAGGGAUUGAAUUAUCACUGCAAAACGCAUAAGACGAACAAGGAUAUUAAAUGUGACAUCUGCCCCAAAAUGUUUAAAUCGCCGGCCAGAAAGAGGGCACACAUGCAUAUUCACAACAAAGAGAACAUGAUACAAUGUACAAUAUGUAAAAGUUAUUUGUCGAAUCAGACGAGCGUCGACAUACAUAUGAAGAAAGUUCAUUCGCAGAAAUACGUUUGCGAUAUUUGCAAUAAAGAGAUGCUGUCUAAGAAAGAUUUGUACAACCACAAGAACGUUCACAUGAAAGCUAAGUACAAAUGCACCAUAUGCUUCAAAUAUUACAAGAGCAGGCACAUCUUGAAUGAGCACAUACUAAAACACGAGGGUAUCCGGAAGUACAGAUGUAAUGAUUGCGGGAAAACGUUCGCUCAACAAUCGCAUCUAGCCGCUCACUCAGCUACACAUAGCAAAAUUAGGUUUCCUUGCAUUGGUUGCGAGAAACAAUUCAAUCGUCGCGACAAUAUGAAGGCGCACACCAAACGUUGCCAGUUGUUUCUGCAAAAGUCGGACACAUUUGUGCUAGGGAUUCACGACAAAUUGUCCAAUGUACGAACAGAACACAACGCGACAAGAUAACGAUUGGCGAAACGUAUGAUCAAUACGAGUCGACAUGAUGAACUGACAUUGAAGAGGAAGAAGAGUAAAAUAUCCACACAUCGUGUCAUAUACGAUUCAAUUCUUUAUCAAUGUUUGCUGUAAUGUAAUGACGCGACCAAAGAAACAUAUUUUAGUUCUUAUGUUUGACAUAGAAAAUGCUGUCCAAGAAAGACGUAUACAACUAUAAGAACGUAUAUAUCCUCAGUCAUUAAUCCUAUAUAUCUAAGCUCUUCAAGUAUACGGAGUUUUAAUAAUAUUAAUGCUAUGUAGUGAAAAUUACAAGUUUCCGUCAUCCUUUAUACUGGUUCAAAGGAUAAUGAAGGAAAAAAAAUAAGACUGUCGAAUAUGCCAUUUUGGCUAGUUGUAAUGGAUACAAAGUUCCUACGCGUCCGUUUCUCUUUGAAAGCGACGGCUGAUUAUUCUAUAAAUUUAUUUUAGUUUCUCAAUCUUAAUUUCUUUCCGUCUUAUUCACAUAUAUAUAUGUAUGUAUGUAUGUAUGUAUGUAUGUAUGUAUGUAUGUAUGUAUGUAUGUAUAUUGAAAAUAUUGCAGAUUUAUUUGUACGAGUGAGCCUUUUUCACACAUGUGUCGAAUUAUCUUAUUCGACAAAUGAUUCUUGCAUAUUGUAUGUUAUAUCAUGUUUUCUUUAUCGUGAACAUAUAUGUUCUCUUUUUGGCAAAAUGUUCAUAGCAAAAUUAAAUAUUUUGA